AUGGCUUGUUUGGAUGUGGAUAUCAAAAUAAUGCUGAACGUAUCUGCUGGCCGAGAUGUCUUGGGCCGGUUGGCUGCAGUAGUUGCGGGUGAUUUUGCAGUAAGCGCAAAGCCGGGAUGCGUGUUUGGCUGCUCUACUGCUCCAGCUUGGUGA